UAUGCUCAAUCGAUAGAUCGUCUAAAUUAAUCGAUAUUUUAAGAGCUGAAUAACGCAAAAUAAAGAAAUGCUGCACUUGUAAAUGUUCUAAUGAAUAUUAAUAAUUUGGAAAAAUGACAAAGUUAUGGAAAAAAUAUAUCCUAUGGUUUGCCCAGGAACACGUUGAUUUUCGUGUCGCAGAAUUCGAGUCGAUUGUUAAAUUGUUUAAUAUACAAUUUCGUCAUUUGACAGAGCAUCGUUUGAAACCCUUUUGGAUGGUGGAAUUUCCGAAUGAUGAAACAGCAUUGCAGUACGCCUCCCGCUCGGUCGCUCUGCGGUCUAUUAUCGAGCUUUAUUCUCACGCGCACACAAUUCCGGAAUUCCAUGAGCGAUUGCGAGCUCACGUGGACUUGCAUCGAGGAGAACUCAAUGUGCAUUUUAAGGCGAAUAGUUUUAAGGUAACCGUGGAGACAUACAACAAGCACUUUAGCCAGCGGGAGAAGGUUGAAAAGAUCGAGAGCAUGGACUAUUUGCCAAUCGCAGGGGCUGUUAACCUCAAGAAUCCGCUAGUUGAGUGGUGGUAUUUGGAAUUCUGGGGCAUGGAUGCCACGGCUGUACCAGCCACACCCGAAGAUAUUCUCUUUGGACGUAUGCUGACACAGGGACAGCGGCACUUAAUACAGCAGCUCUCACUGAAACAGCGCAAAUUCAUUGGCAACACCAGCAUGGACGCACAACUCAGCCUGUUGAUGGCAAAUCAGGCAAUGGUGCGUGAUGGUGAUUUGGUUUUCGAUCCAUUUGUUGGCACUGGCUCUCUAUUGGUUAGUGCCGCCAAAUUUGGAGGCUAUGUUCUUGGUGCAGACAUUGAUUUUAUGAUGAUACACGCACGAUGCCGGCCCAGCCGCAUUAGCCAAAAGGUGCGCGACAAGGACGAGAGCAUUCGGGCCAAUCUGAAGCAGUAUGGCUGUGCAGAUCGCUAUAUGGAUGUUCUGGUUGCAGACUUUUCAAACCCGCUCUGGCAGACACGCAUCGCCUUCGACAGCAUAAUCACAGAUCCGCCAUACGGCAUACGCGAAGCAACCGAAAAGGUGGAGAACAAGUCUAACGCUAAGGAGAACACAAGAACAGCCGAAAUGGCGCAUUAUCCUUCAACUUCGCACUAUUCUCUGCAGAACUUGUAUGCGGAUCUGCUGCAGUUUAGCGCAACACAUUUAAAGUUGGGCGGCCGCCUUGUUUGCUGGCUGCCCUUUCACCGCGAUGACUACGAUGAGACAAUGCUGCCUCAACAUACGCAUCUGCGGUUGGUGGCCAACUCGGAGCAACCGCUGGCGGGCAACACAGCGCGUCGUUUGCUCACCUACGAGAAACAUUUGGAGUAUAGUGAUUGCCCCUCACAAAGCAUAGGCGGUGCGCCCACUCAGGACUUCCGGGACCGCUACUUUAACACAAAUUGUGCUGUUGAGUCACGCCAGGAGCGCCGCAUGCGAAAGGCAGCUCUGCGAGAGGAAGGCCGUCUGGCGAUGGAACUGCGAGGGAAACUGCAUAUCGAUGGGCGUGCCAAGAAAUGUGACCUGAAUAAAGCUCGUUUUGACUAAAUAAUUUA